AUGAUUGCAAAGUCAAGACAAGGUGAAGAUCAUGUUGAAAUCUUAAGAAGAUUAUUUGACCGUUUGAGGAAAUUCAAGCUAAGACUUAACCCCGCAAAAUGCAUAUUUGAGGCAAAGUCUGGGAAGCUUCUUGGAUUUAUGGUUAGUAACAAAGGUAUCGAGAUAGAUCCCUCUAAGGUGAAAGCCAUAUGCGAUUUGAAACCUCCUUCUACUAUUAAAGAAGUCCGAAACUUAUUGGGAAGAUUGAAUUAUGUUGUGAGAUUUAUCUCUCAAUUGUCAGAAACUGCUAAGCCAUUCUUCAAGCUAUUAAAAAAGAACGCUAAGGUCAACUGGGAUGAAGAAUGUCAAAAAUCAUUUGAAGAACUGAAGCGAUAUCUUUCGCAGUCUCCUGUACUUGUACCACCUAUCCAAGGCGUGCCUCUGAUCUUGUAUCUCACCAUUCAUGAGGAGUCUUUAGGAGCCAUCUUAGCACAAAAAGGACCAAGGGAUGGAAUAGAAUGUGCCAUAUAUUACCUCAGUAAGAAGUUUACUACUUCUGAGAUUCGAUAUCCUAAGGUGGAAAAGACCUGUGUAGCCUUAAUUUGGGUUUUACACCGACUGAGACAAUACACUCUGCAUCACCGCAUCCUUCUGGUGACUGAGAAUGACCUGAUCAAAUAUCUUUUGGAGAAGCCUGCAUUGGUUGGAAGGCUCACUAAAUGGCAAAUAUUACUCUUUGAGUUUGAUAUUCAAAGCAUGGCACAAAAGUCCAUAAAAGGGCGAGCCAUAGCUGAUAUGUUAGCCGAAAACCCUGGGAAGUCUAAUGACUGGGCGGUUUUAAUAUCCCCGGAAGGUCAAUAUUAUCCAGUAGCUGCAAAAUUAGUAGUCCCUUGUACCAACAAUAUUUCUGAAUAUGAAGCGUGCAUCAUUGGCUUGCAAUUAGCCAUCGAUAUGAAAGUUAGAAAGCUUCAAGUUUAUGGUGAUUCUGCACUCAUCAUUCUCCAGACGGAAGGUGAAUGGCAAACACGGGAUGUAAAAUUAAUCCCUUACCAUGAAUAUCUCGAAGACUUGGUCAAGGAAUUUGAUGAGAUCUCUUUUGAUUAUCUACUGAGAUCACAAAAUCAGUUUGCUGAUGCCUUAGCAACUUUAUCUUCGAUGUUGCAAGUAACUGAUGGUUUGAGCGUUAAUCCUUUGCAAAUCGACGUUUUGAAAAAGCCUGCUUAUUGCCUGAUGAUAGAAGAAGAACCUGAUGGUCAACCUUGGUAUUAUGACAUCAUGAAUUACCUUCGAGAAGCAAUUGAUUACUUCACCAAAUGGAUUGAAGCCAAUUCUUAUGCCCAUGUUACUGCAAAGAGUGUGGCAAAAUUCAUCCGUCGUGAUAUCAUCGCUCAAUAUGGAGUUCCUGAAGUGAUCAUCACAGAUAAUAGAUCAAACUUGAACAAUAAAAUGGUGGAUGAUUUACUUGGAGAAUUCAACAUUCGCCAUUUGAAUUCUUCUCCUUACCGCCCACAAAUGAAUGAAGCUGUGGAAGCGUUCGUACUUCGACCGGGCAACACCGUUCUCAUUGGUUUACGGGAUGGAAGUCAGAUACCCGUGGAAGUGGAAAUUCCUUCACUGAGGGUUUUACCUAUUAUUCCAGAUCCUCAUGGGAAGUUUACUUCAAAUUAUGAAGGUCCAUAUAUUGUAAAGAAAGUGCUACUUGGUGGGGCAUUAAUCCUUGUAGAAAUUGAUGGUGAAGAAUUGUCAAGACCUGUAAAUGCUGAUGUUGUCAAGAAAUAUUAUCCAUGA